AUGGAAGUUCAGGGAUUUCCCGCAGCUCUAGAAAUCUCUGCGAAUCCUUUGCAGGGGGAAAAGUGGAAUAAAUCUCGCCGCAAGAGUGCCCAUUUUGAAGAUUCAUUUCCAUGUGAGGAGAAUUCAAGAUUGAUUUAUAUCAAUGAUCCUGUAAAGACGAAUGAUCAGUAUGAGUUUACUGGGAAUGAGAUCUGUACCAGCAAGUACACUGUGAUUACUUUCCUUCCUAAAAACUUGUUCAUCCAAUUCCACAGGGUUGCUUAUCUUUACUUUUUAGCUAUUGCAGCUUUGAACCAGCUGCCUCCUUUAGCUGUCUUUGGUAGAACAGUAUCUCUUUUUCCUCUCCUUUUUGUUUUAUUUGUGACUGCAAUCAAGGAUGGGUAUGAGGAUUGGAGAAGACAUAGGUCUGACAGGAAAGAGAACAAUAGGGAGGCCUACGUAUUUCAAUCUGAUCGGUUUCAGCUGAAGAAAUGGAAGAAAAUUCGUGCUGGAGAGGUUGUCAAGGUUUACGCUGAUGAAACAUUGCCCUGUGACAUGGUUUUAUUAGGAACUAGUGAUCCGACUGGAAUAGCAUAUAUUCAGACAAUGAACCUUGAUGGUGAGUCAAAUCUAAAAACAAGGUAUGCUCGCCAAGAAACUGUUGUGACUCUAAAGGAGCAACAGUUUUCUGGACUGAUUAAAUGUGAACAGCCCAACAGAAAUAUUUACGAAUUCGCUGGUAACAUGGAUUUCAAUGGGCAGAGGAUUCCACUAGGCCAGUCAAAUAUCGUUUUACGUGGUUGCCAGCUGAAGAACGUAGAUUGGGCUGUUGGAGUUGUUGUAUAUGCUGGCCAGGAAACCAAAGCAAUGUUAAAUAGUGCAGUAUCACCUUCUAAAAGGAGCAAACUGGAAGGGUACAUGAAUCGAGAAACUCUGUGGUUGUCAGUUUUCCUGUUCAUCAUGUGUGCUGUAGUAGCGCUUGGGAUGGGUUUAUGGCUUGAACGGCAUGGACAUCAGCUAGAUACCCUUCCUUACUAUAGGAGGAGAUAUUUCACAGAUGGAAGUAAUAAUAAAAAAUAUUACAAAUACUAUGGCAUUGCAAUGGAGGUGUUUUUUUCUUUUUUGAGCUCUGUAAUAGUUUUCCAGAUAAUGAUUCCGAUAUCCUUGUAUAUUACUAUGGAGUUGGUCAGACUGGGUCAGUCGUACUUCAUGAUUGGAGAUACACGGAUGUAUGACAAAAAUUCCAAUUCAAGGUUUCAGUGCAGAUCAUUGAAUAUUAAUGAGGAUUUGGGUCAGAUACGUUAUGUUUUUUCUGACAAAACUGGAACACUGACAGAAAACAAGAUGAACUUUCGACGAGCCAGUGUCUUUGGAAAAGAUUAUGGAAAAAUCUCGGGCCCAGGCAGCCAUAUGUUGCAGGGAGUAAGCAUUGCGGGUACGCCAAUUUGCUUUUCCUAGUUUUCGAUGUUGUAUUAUUUUGGGCUGAGAGAUGGCGACCUUAGAAAACCAUUGGAAUUCUAAUAUUUGAAAGGAACUGAAAGAUAGCAUGUAUAAACUGAUUUCGUUCAUAAGAACUAUAAUUAGUCUGAUCUCAUUAUCCUGCCUUCAUUUUUUGCUACAUUGAUAGUUUAUUUUAAAAUGAAUUUUUGCAUAUCAUUCAAAAAUGUUUUAAAAACGAAAACUAUUAUAUUUUAGACACAAAUUACAGUGGAUUAGAGACAGGAAAUCCAGAAAAUCUUGAUUUUUUAUCUCCAUUGUGUUACAACUUGAAUGCCUUCUUUUGGUGUAAUCUGUUUCAAGUCGAUUGAGUUUCUUGUGGGGCUUUUGCCUUUUUAUUUCUUCAUAAUCUAAUAAUCUAUCCUUACAAGUUACGCUGUUGCACAGAUACGAUUUUUGAUUUCAUUCUAAGGUUCUGGUUGAAUUGGGAAAUGCUGUUUAAUAUUCAGUUGUUUACACCCAUCAAUAGGGUAGUUAUUUAUCCUUCCUUUUUAUUUGGCUUCUUAUGAGAGAAAUGCGUUAAUCAACUUUAUUUCAAAAAAAAUGGUCCUUAUUUAAAGCAUUACCGCAUGCCUGUAUCAUUGUCCAUGAUUUUUAUAGGUAUAAGGUAAAUUAACCAGAAGGUGGACACAUUGCUUUUUUAAUGGUUGAUGGCAUCUCUGGGAGAAAAUUAAUCAGUUUUGUGCUAAUCUGGCUUCUUUUAGGAAGAUACUGGGUCUGAAGGCACGAACAAGAUUGAAAAAGUUGCUUUAAUAUUUUUCAGGAUGUUAUGCUCAUUCAGGUCUGAUUUUGGCCGUCAUAGGUUAGGUCAACAGAAUGACGCUCGCUGGGAUUGGCUUUGACUACUCCCCAUCCGCUAGUGUUAAAUUAAUGGAUCGUGUUGAAUUCAAAUAGUUGCUCUGAUGGUUUUUCGGUUUAUUGUGCCGAAUUUUCAUCAGGUACCUGUUAUCAAUUUUGCUUGUAACAGAGCAGUACUAUAUCUUUAUUACCGGUCAAGCACCCUCUCAUUUUCCUUUUUUCUGUUUAUUUUUGUGACUAUUAUUCAAGAGGACAACCAGACUGUGGCUGGGAUGCCCCCCGAUAACAAAUAAUUAUAAUUCUUAGUCUUCAGAGAUAUGAGGCAGCAGCUAAUCAUUCACAGAUAAGCCAUGAUGUUAGCUGCUUGAAGCAUGCUCUGAAAGGUUCCUGCAUUGCAUUGAGCUCUCGACUGAUUUCCAUUAAGUAAAGGACAAGGGAAGAAGUUGGUUUUCCAAUAAACUUGUCCUUGUUUGCAUGGUGACACUAAAUGGUGCAUUAAAACUGAUAAAUUAAAAGCCAGAUUGUGCAGUCUGGUUGCUCUUUCUCAAGCUCCGAUAGCUGAUCAGGAACCAGCUUGUUCUGACUUUCUGUGGACGGCUUUCACCAAUUUCAGGCUUUGUUGGUGGAAAAUAAAAGCAAAAAACCACCAAUGGAAAAAGGCUUUUAGUUUUGGUUGAUUCUUUGUCCCCUCUUCCAUUAUUUUUUCAGCAUGAAAAUGUCAGAAAAAGUGGUCGGUGCUGAUCUAAAUUGGAAUUGAUCAUAUCUGAUCUGAUUUCAAGGGCGAAAUCCAAUCACCUCUUAAAAUAACAUAAAAUAAAAUAAAAGGAUGGAAAUCAUCUGAGUUCUCACUUGGUUUAGUCAGUUACCUAUGGGAUCGGACCUCUUAACUGAUAAAUAUGAGGCACGCUAGUGGAUGUCUGGGGUAGAAGAGCGGAGGAAGAAGAGGUGAGAACGGGAAAAAAUAAGCUGAUGUUGGCAAUCCUAACACAAUUGCCAAGCUAACUGCCGCAUGCUGCUAAUUGUUUUCCCCACGUUCCCCCUCAUUGCACGUCUGUUCCUGAGUAUAGACGGGGAAUAUCAGACAGUGGGGCUUCGCAAGGGGUAUCCUCGGGGUUGGGUAUUUGUCAAGAAGCCUUUUUAGAAAAUGUUAACUGUUGUUAUACUCAUUGUAUAUGCUGAUUGAGAGCCCGACCCAUGAUGUGCUAGUUCCAUGAGCUAAUGAAUGGUACAAUCACAUCAAUAGUAAAGAGUCACACAUGUGCUUUAAAAUCACAAUGGAGUAUCUUCAAAUCAAGGCCUUUUCCUGACACCGGUCCUUGUCUAUGGUUGUAAUCUUACUUGGAUGACCAUACCCCUGAGCCAAGCCUUAAUCAUCUGGAAGUGGUGUGAACAGUUCCUUCGUUGACACAUCAAGAGGGGUGUUCCUUCCCAUCUUAAAGAUUGUCCUUAAAGACCAAUAAAGACUGAUGCCAGCUAGAACCCUGGUAGCACGUCAGUUUUCGUAAGAAGUUCAAUUUUAUUUCGUCUUUUCUAUCAAUUUUGAUUGUGCUUUUCCAUCUCAAUGUAGAUUAGAUGUUUGGGUCCAUUGAAAUGCACGCACACAUAAACAUGUUACAUGGAAGAUGUUAUGAAUGGUCCUCUGCCUCUUAAUGACAUUUUAUUUACCAUUUUGCAUCCUUCACAAGCUGGAAUGAACUCAGAGGCUUUAUCUUUCCAUUCUGUUUUCCUUCUCAUUACAUCUGCUCAUGCUUCUCAUCCGAGCUGCAUGAUUGCUUGGUAACUCGUUGUUGUUGUGAAAAGACCACUUCUUCUUUACUCCAGAAGAUAGAGUUUGGAACCCCACAAUCUACUACUCCCAUUUAUCUAGUCAUUGGCUUUUAUAAACUCCCAGUAUUUCAAACUACUUGUAAGGAAAUCGUAUGACCUGGAUUACAUAUCUUUGGAUUAAAAUCGUCCCUUUUCUAAUAUAUUCAGUAGUGCAGCUAGAUCAUAAAUUAAUUAUGUGUACCUUUGUUUCUGCCAUUACUUAUCCUUUUCGUACUUUUUCCCUAAUUUUUUCCUUGUUUUUGUUAGAAUAGUUUAUAUUCUUAUUAGAGCAGUAUCAAGUUUAUCUAUAUUUGGGUUUAUCAAUUAGUGCAGUAUCAAAAUAAUUUAUAUAGAAAUUCUAUGCAAUAACUACCGACUUUUCCAAAUUUUAAAAUUAUUUGGAGCUUGUUAGUUACUUUGAUCUAAACAUUUUAAACAUGACUUCAUUGUGGCUUUUCUUUGUCUAAAUUCUGUGCAGGAGUAAUUGGAAGACGCAGGUGGAAACUCAAGUCAACUAUCAAUGUUGAUCUUGAACUUGUUGCCUUAUUGCACAAAAAUCUGGCAGAUGAGGAAAGAAUCUCCGCGCAUGAAUUUUUCCUCACCUUGGCUGCCUGUAACACUGUGAUUCCAAUUCUGUGGGGAAAUUCAUCUUAUGCCAAUAGUGAGUUUCUGGACGAGGCAGAAACCAUUGACUAUCAAGGGGAGUCUCCCGAUGAGCAGGCGUUAGUUGCUGCUGCGUCAGCUUAUGGCUAUACCCUUAUUGAGCGUACAUCUGGGCAUAUUGUUGUUGAUGUGAAUGGGGAGGAACUAAGGUGGUGUAUUCCUAGUAUCUCAUCAUAUUGAUGCUGUACUGCUUUUUUUGGUAUUGUAAAUUAUAUCAGCACUGUCGUUUCUCUCAGAAUGUCUCUUGUUUGUGCAGGUUGGAUGUUCUGGGACUGCAUGAAUUCGAUAGUGUACGCAAAAGAAUGUCUGUGGUUAUUAGGUUUCCCAAUAGUUCUGUAAAGGUUCUUGUUAAAGGAGCCGACAGUUCAAUGUUUAGCAUUAUUAUGAAAACAACUGAAAAGACUGAUGAGGGAUACAGAGAGUCAUUGGUUGGCAUAAGACGUGCAACAGAAAAUCAUUUGCUCGAUUAUUCGUCUAAGGGCUUGCGUACACUUGUAGUUGCUGGGAAGGACCUUACUGAUUCGGAGUUCACGGAAUGGCAGAGUAGGUAUGAAGAUGCCAGCACUUCAUUACAUGAGAGGGCAACAAAGCUCCGUCAUACUGCAGCUCUGAUUGAGUGCAAUCUAAAUCUUCUUGGGGCCACUGGAAUUGAAGAUAAAUUGCAAGAUGGUGUACCUGAGGCUAUUGAAUCUCUUCGGCAGGCGGGAAUUAAAGUCUGGGUCCUCACUGGAGACAAACAAGAGACUGCAAUUUCAAUUGGCCUCUCGUGCAAAUUAUUGACUCCGAGCAUGCAACAAAUUAUUGUCAACGGCACAUCAGAGGAUGAAUGCAGAAGGCUAUUAACCGAUGCUAAGUCUAAAUAUGGAAUAAAACUUGUAAAUUUCAGAAACAGUUGUCCGAGAAUGAAGAAUCUUCAGAACUCUUAUCCGGACAUCUCUAGUAACGCCAAGACUUCCGAUAUCUUGAUGCAUGAAAUCGAACAAACUAGAAGUGCCAAUGACAUCGUAGAGUUUCAUGAAGAAGGUUUGAUGGGUUCUGUCGAUGGUCCACUAGCGCUAGUAAUUGAUGGAAACAGUCUUGUUUACAUUUUAGAGAAAGACCUUGAACAGGAGGCAUGUUUCUUCACUUUCUUUAGAAAAAAAUAUUUUAAUAAUUCUACAUUUCUGUUUCUGCUGUGAUGUUUGCCUGAUUAAGAUUUUUGAAUGUCUGGAUUCUCAUCGUUCUUCGUUUAUUUUCUUGAACAGCUUUUUGAUUUGGCAACAUCCUGUAGAGUGGUAAUCUGCUGUCGUGUUGCUCCUUUACAAAAAGCGGGUAUUGUUGAUUUGAUAAAAAGCAGAACAAAUGAUAUGACUUUGGCCAUCGGUGAUGGUGAGUUGAACUGGUCAAUUUAAACUGUUCCUAUUCUGUCUUCGUCUGCUGGUGUAGAAUUAAUGUCUGGUAAUUUUUGCGUAUGGUUCCUACCAUGUACUGUUGGAAGUUGAUAGUUACCUUUGCAGCACCGUCACUUGAUGUGUCAUGACUUCAUACUCAAUAGGUUUUUGUUAGAAAAUCAUGAUCUGUGAUGUGUGUAUGGAAUAGUGAUUUGGCCAAGGUCCUAUCAAAUUUGCUGCUCUAGUGUGAUAAUAGUGGAGAAAUUGUUGCAGUCGUGGUUUUAUGACCGGGAUGAAUAAGAUGCCCUGAUUAAGAACCGGAGUAACAGACAAUUCAAAAUGAGUGAAACCAUACCAAUGGCGACAUUUUAUGGUGGAAUACAUAGAUUUUUUCUCUCUCAAAUUUCUGAUUGUAGACAAGAUAAUCUGGGGAUGAAGAAGUAGCUAAAAGGGUGCUAACUUGCUCUUCAUAUGCUGGAAUGGAAAAAACGGUGAAAUAGUCUUGCUCUCAUUAUUAGCGAUUUCUAAACCUCCAAUUUUCAUAUGCUGGAAUGGCUCCAUGUUAUUGUGGAAUACAUAGAUUUUUUUUCUCUCAAAUUUUUGAUUGUAGACGAGAUAGUCUGGGGAUUAACAAGUAGUUAAGAGGAUGCUAAGUUGCUCUUCAUAUGCUGGAAUGGAAAAAAUGGUGAAAUAGUCUUACUCUCAUUAUUAGCGAUUUCUCAGAUCUCCAUUUUUUUUUCCCAUUGGGACUCCAUUUCCUUCACUCGGUAGGUAUAUAAAAUGUGCACGUGAACAUGCACUUGCACACUACACUCCUUCCAAUCUUGGUCCCUCAUUCUGUAGCUGUCUUCUCCGUACUUAUGUUCCCUCAAGCUUCUUGAAGUUCUACACUUGUGGUCAUGCAGAUUUGAUGUUGCCACUUGGGCGAAGUUCACCCACACCUUGGUGGAUCUGACUGAUCCUCGUAGAUGGUAAGGCACACGAGGAUUCAUAGAUUCGAGUUUAUGGAUAAAUAUGUGGUCCCAGCAAUUAUCCUGUACUGGAAAAUUGCCAUAGCAGACAGGAAUCAACUCUUUGGUUUAAUUUGAAAACAUAAUUGUGGUUAUCGGAACUCUAGUUUGGUAACAACUUUUUAUUUUUGUUUUAGAAUCUACUUAGUUAUCAUAAAUGCAACUGCAGUUCCCAUCUCGAAACCCCCUCAUCGUUGAUUACAGUUCUUAGCUGUGUGAAAAAUGUAUGUCGCUCAGUUAACACGGUUUCUUUUGCCAUAACGUUGAAAAUGUCGCAUUAAACAUUGCUUAAGUACUUCAUUUGCCUUGUGGCUUUAUUCUGCUGCAUUCUCUCUUCCUUAAGUACUUCAACUAAUCAGAGUUCACAACAAGUACAACCAUCUUAAAUGGAGAAAUUGAUAGUCUAUAAGAAAUAUUUCUAACAAUUGAUAUGCCCGCCAAAUGGAAAGUCGGAUAGUUGCUGAUCUGUUCUCCUGGUUUUGUACCUGGCAUCCUUGUAAGGGGGAUAGUUGCUUCUUAUUUGCAUAUUUUCUUGGGUUAUUUAAAAUUGGAGCUCAUACAAACUAGCUGUUGCUUCAUGUCGAAGUUGAGCAAGAUCAAGUGGGUCCAGGAAUCAGAAACCAUGAACAAGAACAUUGAGUUAAACGAAAGAGAGGAGAAGAUAUUUAUUCAUUUUCAACAUUCACGGAGAAGAUUUAAAGAAAUGGAAAACAGGGCUACCUAAAUUUUCGGCAAUAUUAUUGACACAUGAUAAAAAAUUUCUAGGGACUGUAAUGCUCUGAUAUUCUGUCAUGCUUGAAUCUGCAAAUUAUAGCAGCGGUAGGCUCCUGUAACGAAUUAUUUGUGUUUGCAUACUCCCCCCCUCCCCACAUAUUUUAGUUACAAAAUAAAAAGACGUGGAUCAAAAUGAGACUCAGAAGUGAGAAAGAGAUUCUUACCGUAAGAUUUGAAGUAAGACGUUCGAGGUUAGUUGAAAGAGAAAUUUGUACAAAUGAAUACUGCUCUUAGAUUUUCGGCAAUGAAUACAUGCCAAUUGAUAAGUUUUGGCUGUGACAAUUUUUUCUCUUUUUCCUUGGAAGAAAUCAAAAUGAUUCCAUUCUAGACAUUGAGGGAUCCUUUCCCACGGGAUAUUUAUGUAAUCUGGUGCAACUCAUGGCUGAGAUUGAAUGCGGGAUAUAAAAAGAGUGAGUUGAAUGGAGUAUUUUCCGUGUCUUCUUACUUCGUCCUUGUAUAUGACUGAUUCCUCUGGAUUAAUUUUCACUUCAUUUGAAUCUUCCAAACACGGGAAGGUUUGAGGUAUAAUUAAUAUUUUUCUUCAUUUUUAUGUUUAAAAUUAAAUUUCUUUGCAUUCCUGGGAAAUGAUGUUGGCAGGUGCGAAUGAUGUUUCAAUGAUCCAGAUGGCGGAUGUUGGUGUUGGAAUAAGUGGACAGGAAGGUCGUCAGGCAGUAAUGGCAGCAGAUUUUGCCAUGGGGCAGUUCCGCUUUCUAAAAAGACUGCUUCUUGUUCAUGGACACUGGAAUUACUAUCGCGUAGGCUACUUAGUUCUGUACAAUUUCUACAGAAAUGCUGUUUUUGUCCUGAUGCUAUUCUGGUAUGCACUGUUCAAACCUCGUUCCUGUACUACUUCUUUACUCGUAGAGAACAAUCUUAGGAAAUGCUGGUUGCCUGCAAAGUGCGGAAUUUCUUUGAGAUCAUGUUUGCUUCAAUUUUUCUUCUUCCAUAGCUGCAGUAUGGCUUUAUUUUCAUGGUCUCCCUCUAAUCGCCCAUGGCGUCUCCCCUUCACCAGGGCUCUAGCUCAGCUUCGUAAAGUUUGAUGUUUGGUUCUCAGUAACUGCGCACAUAAAUCUGAACCUUCAUUUUCUCCGCUAGGUCUUCUGUUUCUGGCAGCUGAAGGCUCUUAACUUAUUUGCUUUCUUCGUAGUUAUCUCUUUAGUAUUUGAUAACCAGAGGGCCAAGACCUAUGAUGGCUAUGCUUCAGGUUGCAUUGAUGGAACUUGUCCCUCUUCUCUGAUCUCCAGGUUCAUAUUAUCCACCGCUUUCUCCACGACCUCUGCUUUGACGGAUUGGAGCAGUGUGUUCUACUCCGUGAUCUACACGUCUGUCCCAACAAUAGUGGUGGGCAUCUUGGACAAGGACUUGAGCCACCGGACGCUGCUGCGCUACCCGAAGCUCUAUUGCUCAGGGCACCGACACGAGAGCUACAAUCUGCGCCUCUUCUGGAUCACAAUGCUCGACACCUUCUGGCAGAGCCUGGUUCUCUUCUAUGUGCCGCUCUUCACGUACAGGAACAGCUCCAUUGACAUCUGGAGCCUCGGCAGCCUGUGGACUAUCGCUGUCGUUGUCCUUGUCAACGUCCAUCUGGCGAUGGACAUCCAGCAGUGGGUUUCGAUCACCCAUAUUGCGACAUGGGGCUCCAUCAUCAUCACUUAUGCCUGCAUGGUGAUAUUGGAUUCCAUUCCCAUUUUUCCUAAUUACUGGUUAGUAUCCCCCAUCAAUCAUAAUUCUUCUUGUUGAAAUAAUAAAACCAGUUACCUUUAUUGGCACUAAUGCAUGUUUUGUGUUCAUCUCUUAGGACGAUAUACCAUUUAGCUAAGUCGGAGACGUACUGGCUCAUGAUUAUGCUCAUAACGAUCAUCGCUCUGCUCCCUCGAUUUCUCUGCAAGGUCGUCCGACAGCUGCUGUGGCCUUCGGAUAUUCAGAUAGCUAGAGAGGCCGAGAUACUGGGCAAGUUUCCCAAUCACCUGAGGUCGAGCCAGGACCAAGAUUCCAGCUGA